UGUAAUCCAGCUUUUGGUUCUGAAUUUGUUGAAAUAAUGAAUGAGGAUACCUAUGUUAAUAAUGUAGUUGUUUCUGCAAUCCAUGCUACAUUAUUUGAUAAUCCUUUUAGAAAACAUGCAUUUAUUAUUAC